AUGGCGGGGACUGGCCUGAAUAUAUCCAUCUUUGCCAUCGUGAUGAUUCUUGACGGGCUCGUCAAGUAUGGCGAAAGGGUUUAUGUGCUCUGGGCUGCCAGCAGUGAGCAGUUCAGGGACUCCAUACCCGACCCACCUUCUAAUUAUUCGAAGAUAUUGGAGCAACAUAAGUUGAUGGAGGCUGAAGGCUACGACGUCAUACCGCAUGAAGUGAUUGAGGUCCGUGAUGUGAUCGUGGAAAACAACGUGGAUGGUGCUGAUCUUUCGUCUCUGGAGGAAACACUUGAUCCGGCGAAGCUUUAUAAGCAUCUCCUGCUGAGUUUCGAGGAUCGCGACACAAGUCGGUCAGUGCUCAAGGAUAAGAAUUUCCACGUGGCCUUCAAGAUCAUCGAGAUUGAAUUGGGAAUGAUGUAUGAUUUGCUCUACACGAAGGCCAUGGCAAUCCAUACCAGUUGGGGCUUCGCUCGCCGCAUAAUUGGAUUGGUUUCGACCUGCAUCAUAUUGGUACUCUUCAUCCUGAUCAAGGAUCAGCGAUACUCAAUAGCCGAUCUUUGUAUGACCUUUGUACUCCUAGGAGUGGCCAUAUUCCUGGAGAUUUAUGCUUUGGCUGUUCUUCUUUUCUCUGACAAGACGGCAUGUUGGUUGAUCAAGGAAAAGAAAUUCGCUGUCUUGGAUAUCAUCAAUUGGUUGAAACCUCUGACUAAACGGCGCCGAUGGUCGGAUCACAUGGCUCAAUACAACCUACUGAGCUUUGCGCUCAAAGAGAAGCACCUCUUUUGCCAUCGACUCCUCGGAUAUCUGCACAUUGACGAGAAGGUCGAGAAGCUCCUUUACAAACAUCACAAGAAAGUGACCAAAGAUCUAAAGAGACUUCUAAUGUCACAUUUCACGGAAAUGCAAUCCCUGUGGACCACCAGAGGAAGCAGGGUGCUCCAAAAGUUCAACAGAAUGGAGAGUUUGAAAUGGAGCAUUGAGUUGGAGUUCGACCAAAGCAUCCUUAUUUGGCAUAUCGCGACCGAAUUGUGUUGCCACCCGGAAGACAAAGACAGUUUGAAAAAUCCGCCUUACGACGAACCACAUGUCAGAGAAAACAUCACAUCGAGAUCCAAGAUCGGCAAGUGCUUGUCUCGAUACAUGCUGUAUAUCCUUGUCAUGUACCCUGUGAUGCUGCCGACUGGGAUUGGACGCAUCAAGUUUCAAGAAACGUAUGUCGAGGCCAUGAAAUUCUUCAAUGAGUUCCGCGAGCCCAAUGAAGAAAAUGUUCGAGGUUAUAUGAAGUACGUGAUGAAAUGUGCAGGAUUCUGCGCAAGUGCUUGGCAACAUAUCAAGAGAAGGAAGAAGCGCAAAUUCGAUAUAACUGGUGCCUGCAACCAGCUGCGGGAGCAGGUGAAGACAAAGCUGAAUUUGACGGUUGCAAAGGGAGACCGGAGCAAGUACGUGCUGUUCCAUGGGUGUCGGCUCGCGUCGCAGCUGGACAAGAUCGAGAGUCAAGAGGAGAAGUGGGAAAUAAUAAGCGAGGUGUGGGCUGAGAUGUUGUGCUAUGCAGCGAGCAAGUGCAAAGGGAGUUAUCAUGCACAGCAACUGAGGAGAGGAGGAGAGCUUCUGACUCAUGUCUGGCUCAUGGCUCAUUUCGGCUUGACCGAUCACUUCCAGAUUCCACAUGCCCCAGCUAUAGCUGAGUUGAUUAUGAAGUAG